AUGAAAGACAUUGCAUAAGUAAAAUAUUGCUUUAAAUGUGAAAAAAUAAAACCCAUAAGAGCACAUCAUUGUAAAAUUUGCAAAACAUGUAUUUUAAGAAUGGACCAUCACUGUCCUUGGGUUGGAAAUUGCGUUGGCCAGAGUUCUAUGUGUAAUAAGUAGUUAUAUAAUUGCUUUUAAUUAGAUAAGUACUGA